AUGUGCCCUGAUAAGAAUAACCCUCCAGAUAGGGGUGUUCCAGUAGCAGUGAGUCCACUGGAAUGUGCCCAAUGUAGAGAAGCAGAGUCGUAUGCAACCUCGGAUGUAGCCAAGGCCGCUCAGAAGGCAGCGCAAGCCGCUGAAUUCGCUAAGAAAGUAGAGCAGAAAGCACAGAAGAAGGCAGAUAAGGACGCAGAGAAGGCUGCUAAGGACGCAGAGAAGGCUGCCAAGGCCGCACAGAGGGCCGCACCUGGUUAUCAGACCGCAAGGAACAGAAAGAAUCAUGCAAAAGGUCUCUUCAGGAAAGUGGGAUUAGGAAUUGCUGGAAAGUAUAUAUGGGACCACCAAGACUGGGAGGACGCCUUUGUUCAAGAGUGGACGGAACAGGCCUACGCAAGUUUUGAAUCUAAGGAGGUUGCCAACCCAGGAACAAAUUUGUCACCAACAAAUCAUUGGAACGAAGAAUUUGACACGAUUCUGCACAACACUAUGGCAAAUUUUGGAGCAACGAGACUCCCCAAAGGUUUCAAGACGAUGAUGAUAGAUAAAAAGGGUGAACUGGUUUAUGGUCCACCAGCUCCGAGCCCUGAAGACUUUGCAAAUGUAGGACCGGUAGAUUACGGCUCCUCUGGAUUUCUUUAUGGACCCUGGGGUCAGGGCUAUGCCGACCAGGGUGUAGAUGACGGAGGACGUUUAGUUCCGGCCAGUCCCCUCGCACCAUCCCCAAGGACCGGAAAUAAACCAGACAAGAGCAAGGGCAGGGCACCCGAGAAAACACCAAAACAUGUAUCAAGACAGAUGACAGAAGAGGAGUGGCGGCAGAUGAAUGAAGAAGAUUUUUCUUAUUUCAAGUGGCAAGAUACUUCACCUCAAUCAUCACCUCCCCGGGGAGCGCUACGGUACAGUGACGAUUCUGAUCAUGAUGAACUGUACGCAAACCCCAGCCCUGGGAAUCAAUUCCAGGCGCCCGCUGCUGUUCGCAGUUCACCUCUUAUUACAGUUCAAUCCCCUGGCAGCCAUGGUACAGGAAACCAAAGUCGAAGUCGUGCCACAUCGAAGGUCAGCUCUAAGUUAUGCGAUGAGAGUUUGAUGAUGGUUACGGAUUCGGCAUCGCCACCAAUCUAUCGGCAGGGAAGCAACUCUCCUGCUCAGCGAGAAAGCUCAGGGCCGCCGAGGACGCCUGUUUCAGCGUUUAUAGAAGACAUGCAGGAGAAACAACUCGGGAAGGACUACAAACCGCUUGAUAAGAUGGACCAAUAUAAAUUGAUGGAAGCAUCUGCACUAGCGUCUGGACCUAGUGGUUAUGGUAAAGCAGCACCAACCUUGACUCCUCGGAAUAAAGUCGCUGGCUAUCCACAUAGCAGGCCAUCUACCAGUGCAAGUAGUCAGUCCUUCGAUAGUGAGAGUUUUGCGAUGCGUACAAAGCCAUCGACACCUCGCGAAGGUGCUUCAGCUGAACAUCACGGCGGCUCACACACCUCGUCAAAAAGCAUACACUUCUUCUUCGAGACCAGGAUCUUCCCCAGCGCCGACUCAUGCAUCAUUCCCAUCCGCUACAUCUCAUGCAAAUCCACUAGCGCAAACCACUACAGGAAGUCCUGCUGCAAGACACACCACGGCAGGAAGUGCUUCAGGUACUACGGCGAGACGCCAUACCAGUACUACAUCUUCAAGUUCCAAGCCAAAGGAUACGACCAAGAAGGAUACGACCAAGAAGGAUACGACUAA